UAUGGGCGGGGAGUGGGCUAGGACUCAGCAGCAGCGUGACCGUGUAUGUGACAGGCCGCCGAAGGUUGCGCUGAGGCCUCGGCCUGGAGUUAUUAGCGCAGCCCAGGAAUGGGCCUCUUACUGCGCACUGUCGGUGGGCGCUCCACCGGUCUCCGGGGCAUCUGCCGCUUGUUACUGAGGACGGGGACACGGAGCAGCAGCGGACACCCCGGCAGGAUACUGCAGACCCUAUUGUGCAGGAGAGUAACCCCUACUUGUAAGGGGGUUACAGGAUUCUUAGUAAAACAUUAUGGGUCCCGAGAGCCGGUUCAACUCUGGAGGCUGCUAGGUGGAAUUCAUUAUUUUAGUACCUCGGACUCGAGGAAAAAAGAAAAUCAGAAUGAAGGGUCGAAUGAGAGGAACCAAAAAGAAAAUGAUGAAGAGAAGAAGAAGGAACAUAUGAUGUUACUCUAUAGAGUGUUGACUUUAUCUUCUCUGGUGUUGGGAAUUUACGUUUUCAAUUCCAUGAGCAACACAUAUGUCUCCUGGAAUGACUUUCUGAAUGAAAUGCUGGCCAAGGGUGAGGUGAAGCGAGUAGAGGUCGUUCCCGAGGGUGACUAUGUACAGAUUCAGCUACAUGACCGCGCUGUGGUGUUUGGGAGACCAGCCGUCACCCCUUUCUACAGAAUGAAAGUAGCCAACAUAGACAAGUUUGAGGAAAAGCUGCGUGCUGCGGAGGAGGCACUGAACAUUUCCAUGACUGAUCGUAUUCCCCUUUCAUACAAGCGCAGUGACUUUUUCGGAAAUGCCGUGUAUGCUCUGACCAUCGCUGCUGUAGGUAUUGGCCUUUUAGUCUACUUUUCCCGCGUGACUGGUCUGACAGGCCGACAAGGAGGCUUCAGCGCUUUUAACCAGCUGAAGACUGCUCGUUUCACCAUCGUUGAUGGAGCAUCUGGGAAAGGAAUCAGCUUUAAGGAUGUUGCUGGGAUGCACGAAGCAAAGACCGAAGUGAAGGAAUUUGUGGAUUACUUGAAGAGCCCAGAACGCUACCUACACCUAGGGGCAAAAGUACCUAAAGGAUCGUUGCUACUCGGGCCACCAGGCUGUGGAAAGACGCUUCUGGCAAAAGCUGUAGCAACAGAGGCUCAGGUGCCUUUCCUGGCAAUAGCCGGUUCAGAGUUUGUGGAGGUGAUUGGAGGUCUAGGAGCAGCACGCAUGCGCAGCUUGUUCAAAGAGGCCCGGGCCAGAGCUCCGUGCAUUGUUUACAUUGACGAAAUUGAUGCCGUAGGGAAGAAGCGAUCUACAAAUAUGGCCGCGUUUUCUAACACGGAGGAGGAACAGACACUGAACCAACUGCUAGUGGAGAUGGACGGUAUGGGUACAACUGAUCAUGUGAUUGUGCUGGCCUCCACGAACAGGGCUGACAUCCUGGACAGUGCGCUCGUGAGGCCUGGACGCCUGGAUAGACACAUUUUUAUUGACCUCCCCACGUUACAGGAGAGAAGGGAGAUCUUUGAGCAGCACAUGAAAAGCUUGAAACUGAUGCAACCUGGGACCGUCUACUCCUUGCGCCUGGCUGAGCUCACUCCCGGAUUUAGUGGAGCCGAUAUCGCUAAUAUCUGUAACGAGGCAGCUCUGCAUGCUGCACGGGAAGGCUACCAGUCCAUAGACACCUUAAACUUUGAGUAUGCCGUGGAGAGAGUGAUUGCAGGUACAGUCAAGAAGAGUAAGAUCAUGUCGAAGGAGGAGAGGCGGGUGGUGGCUUACCACGAGUCCGGCCACGCUCUAGUCGGAUGGCUUUUGGAGCACACUGAAGCCGUUAUGAAGGUUUCCAUUGCCCCUAGAACGAAUGCAGCGCUAGGAUUUCUCCAGAUCUUGCCAAGGGACCAGUUUCUGUUCACCAAGGACCAGCUGUGUGAACGGAUGUGUAUGGCACUGGGGGGCAGAGUGGCUGAGAUCAUCACCUUUAACAAGGUCACCACAGGUGCUCAGGAUGACUUGAGGAAGGUGACCCGGGUGGCAUAUAGCAUGGUGAAACAAUACGGCAUGGUACCCAGCAUUGGACAGGUGUCUUUCCCAGACAGUGAGACCUCCACGGGCAUUGGGAGAAGACCCUUCAGUCAGGGAUUGCAGGAAAUGAUGGAUUAUGAAGCCCAGCAGCUUGUGGCAUCAGCUUACAAGUGUACAGAGAGCCUUCUGCAAGAGAACAAGGACAAACUGCAGGUGCUGGCCAGCGCCCUACUGGAGAAGGAAGUUAUAAACUACAACGACAUAGAAGCCCUGAUUGGUCCCCCUCCACACGGGCCCAAGAGAAUGAUUGCGCCACAGAGCUGGAUUGAGGCUGAGAAGGACAUACAAGACAGCGGGGAGGAGCCAAGCGUACCACCAGCUCGCAAAAAUGAGGAGGAAGUAGUAAAUGCUACAUGACAUCCACCUGAGAUAGAGGCAUUUUCUGAAAGCCUACAUGUGGUCCCUAUAACAGUGGCCAGACAAGGCCAUUUACCACGGGGAUGUCAUAUUGUCUCUAGCUGUGUUAGAAUAAGUCUCAGCUGAGGUGUCCAAGACAACAUAUCGCAUUGGUAUAUGCUGCUGGGAUAUUCUGUAACAGUCACCACGAUGUCUGCCUAUGAACCUUACAGGAACCCCCAGACUACAGUAGGCUGAGCUGAUUCUAUGCGGCCAUGGACAGUGGCCAGGUAAUCCUAGCUCAGCAAGCCUUGAGGCCUUGGUCUUUUACUCGAUAUACUACUUAAAGUAUGUCUGGAUGAGAAUGUGCAGAUUUUGGGCCUAAUUCAUGGUUGAUCGCCUAGAAGCAAAAUCUUUCUCUAAUGGGCAACACCAUGUUGCACUGUGGGGGGGGGGGGGGGGAUGUAACAUGUGCAGAGAGAGUUAGAUUUGGGUCUGGUGUGUUCAAACUAAAAUCUAAAUUGCAGUGUAAUAAUAAAGCAGACCGUAUUUACCCUGCACAGAAACAAAAUAACCCACCCAAAUCUAACUCUCUUUGCACAUGUUACAUCUGCCAGCCCCCCCACACUGCACUGCUCAUGGUUUUGCCCAUUAGAUAAAGAUUUUGCGAUCAACCCUGAAUUAGGCCCUUGACUCCCCCAUCUUGCAAAUACACUGUAACUUACCAGUUAUAAUUUUGGUUUCUAGUUUAUAUAUAAUUAAUCUGGUUGUGUUGUAAAAUAUUGUGAAUAAAAAAAUAAAUAAAAGGACUCUGAUACAA